AUGUGGCAGGUGUUCGCGUACCACAUGCUGGCGGGCCGUUACAUGUACAAGCAGCUUGUGAAAAUCCCCUACAACACACUGAUUGUGACUGGCCAUGGUGAUUUCAAGGUCCGGCGGUUCCCGACAAAGCUCGCUCAAUUUGGGAAGCCGGGCACGCACGGUGGCGCCUAUGUCAAGGUGAACAAUGUGUAUCAAGACCCUCACGUGGCAAUCCAUGGCGUCAACAACGUUAUGAUUCCCACAUUCACUGAAUAG